AUGCAUUCCAAGCCAUAUGUAUGUCGCUUUCCACGAUGCACCGCAAGCUACCAACGAACGGAGCACCGUCGUCGGCAUGAAGCGCACCAUCAUUCCCAAGGCCAAAGCUUCAAGUGUACGAUUUGUGGCCGGGAAUUUGGCCGGAGUGACACGCACCGACGACAUAUGCGAAUGACGCACGGAGUGGAAGAACCCGCCCGGGUGAAAUUGGCAUGUACCGAUUGUCGGAAUCAGAAGGCUCGAUGUCAGGGUGGGCCGCCGUGUAGGAAUUGUCUUCGGCGCGGUGUGCCAUGUUCUCUGGCGCAGGAGAGUGGAGAUGAUGGACAGCAGAAUGAAGAUGACGCACAGCAGAAUGAAGAUGACGCACAGCAGAAUGACCGCUCGACAGACACCCUGUCCGUGGAUCAGAGUCAACCCCCGGUGAGCCGCUCCGACAAGGAAAGACAUUAUAUUGGGCUUUAUUUUCGGCAAUUUCAUCCACAUUGGCGCUUCGUUCAUCAGGCCACGUUCAUGCAGUCAGCUGAGGCACCCUUGCUGGUGCAGUCGAUGGUGGUGAUUGGCUUGUGGUUGAGUAAUGAGGACGGUGCGCAGUCGCGAGCGAUAGCGUUGCAUGAGGUUCUGAGUUCGGCUAUUCAUCAGCAGAAGGAGAUAUGGGAUGCUUCCGAGUCCGACGACGCAGGCUGGUUCUGUUCCUGGCCGAUCCCGACAUACCAGGCUAUCUUGCUCCAUAUCAUCUUUGCUAUUUUGUGUAAAGACCGUGGGGCGCUGGGCCUCGAUCUAAGGCCGUGUUUAUCCCCCGCGGAUGCCGAUCUGCUUCGUAGACUCGUCGUGAGUUGCAAGAAGCUGGGAAUGCUCUAUUAUCCCAACAUGCUGGCGCGCUACGGCCAGACUGAUCCUGCUCCUUAUGUCUGGGUCUGUAUCGAGGAAGUGAAACGCUUUAACAUUGCUCUAUAUAGAGUCUGCCGGGCAUGCGGUGACACGGAUGAUAGAGAUGUACUAGCUACAGCCACGGCAUCGAACAGGGGUCUUCGAGCACAGGAUUUACGAUUUCCCUUACCGAAGAGUCCUCGGUUGUGGCACGCCAUGAGCAAAGAGGAAUGGGUAUCUGCUAUGGCAGAGGGGGUACCCUGUCACGACUUAGAUGAUACUUUGGAACGUGAAUGGAUCUCCAAUUCAGCACAUGUUUUGGAGGCCUUGGAUGCGGCUUGA